AUGGCUCUCGAAGGUGCCAAGAACGGUCAAAAACAGCCGUCGCCGCGCGCGUCCAACUUUGCGUCCAACACCACUCAGCGCAACGGACCGAAAAAUGGAUUUAGAAAUGGGCCCUACCACGCCGUGAAAUCUCCUCGGGCCAGCCAAGACUACACACAACUGGAUCAUACACGAUCCCUUACGCGCCACCACCAUCACGGCGCGACGGAUGCAUCGCCCGUGUACACAUCACCCUAUACGAGACACGCAUACAGUAGCGGUAGUCUGGCGAACACCAGCAACAUGGGCCCAAUGCCACUGCAUCAUAGCUACCACAGCUACCAGCAACCUCCUCAGACGCCGUUCGAUCUCACAUACGGUGCCUCGUUGCUUCCGUCGCAUCUUUUACUCAGCUCGCCGUUCUUGGCGACACCGCACUCGAACUCAACUCCAAGGUUUAACGGGCGCAACCACCUCGCAACUGGGCUCUACAAUCCCUACCAGACGUCCUAUGGGCAGUCUUUGCCGCUGCGUAUGCCACCGGACCCCAAUGACAUACGUCGACAACGCAAUGGUAGAUACCAUGGGCUGGACGAUCGAACGCGCCAGAUCCCUUACGAAGUCAACUACGAAGUGCUGCCGCCCACCAUCACAGACGACGAGUUCCGCACGCCGUCGCUGCUAUUUUCUGAUCUGUGUCCAGAGCUGCACUUGAACGACUUUUUAAGCAAAUUUGACAAAUGCGAACGGCUGGAAAGCGUUUACCUUGUAGACGCCCUUCAGCAGAGUUUCAUAGUUAGUUUUCUCACCCAAGAAACAUGCUUGGACUUUUACAAUGGAGUGCUGCAGAAACUAUCGGAGUUCAAAAAGGAACUAAAGUCACCGAAGCUAACCUUGAACUUUGUUCGUUUGCAUGAUGCUGACUCAGGCCCCACGCGACGUGAUGUAAGAACCGAAGUACUGAGAAUGGGCGCAACAUGCUCAGUAGCCUUGGAAUUUGGUUCUGAGAUCUCAAGGGAGGCGUUAUUUGAACAACUACCCUUUCUCGACAAUAGUGGACCCCGUUAUGUGGUAAAGUGCAUCGAAAUUGUGAACACAAACCGCAUUUCAAAACACUGGGGCUCUCAUUAUGCGGUGGUACAUUUCAUUAGCAUCGCCAUGGCCAUUGAAAUCAUCGCAUAUCUCAAGAUGCACAAAAAUACCAUCCCAGACUUACAAAGAUUCCAGUACGUCAUAACCUCCUCUACUUCUGGUAAGUCGGAGCUACGUACUCUUUCCGGUUCUCAAGUUAAUCUCCGCGAACCGGCAAAAAAUUCUCGGACCACUGGCAUCAUUGUAGAUGAUAACACAUCUAUGAACUCAUAUUCCGCCAAUUCUAAUGUACCCACGAAAAAACUCACAAUCCAACCGAAAAUGUACGGUCUUCCAAUUGUGACAGAGCCCAACCAGCACCUUUCUCACAUCACUGCAUCCAAGCCACUCAGUAUGGACUCUGUUGCAAAUAGCUCAUCCAAUAAUCUUGCAUCACCAGCACCUCAAGAAAUGCUGGUAAACGAUCACGGACAUUCUUCCUCGUGUGGCAGCAUGCUGUCGGUCGUCCCACCUGAAACACCAGGUCAGUCGCAUACAUUCACAAACUAUCCAUAUUAUACGGAUAUGUCGAAGCCCUUGGGACAGACGCUACAGCAGCAGUUUACCAGUGCUGCGCAAGUUGCAACAGCGAUGGGAGGAGGUGCCGGUAAUAGGACUGUUUACAUUGGUAACAUAAAUCAGCGCUCGAAAGCAGAAGAUAUAUGCAACGUAGUGCGUGGUGGGUUAUUGCAAAAUGUGAAGUUUAUUGCUGCAAAGCAAAUCUGUUUUGUGACCUUCAUUGAUGCUGCUGCUGCUGUUCAGUUUUUCGCAAAUUCUUCAAUUGAGCCAAUUGUACUCCACGGUAACAUCUUGAAAGUCGGGUGGGGUCAUCACUCCGGUGAUCUGCCUCAGUCAAUAUCAUUGGCUGUAACUGCUGGCGCCAGCAGAAAUGUCUACGUGAGUUUACCAGAGCAUGCUUUCAAGGAUAAGUUCAUAAACGACCCUGAAUACCACAACUUGAAGGAGAAGUACAAACUACCAUCUAAAGAAACUUUGCUACAAGAUUUUCGAGCUUUUGGAGACAUUGAACAGAUCAAUUUCCUGCCUGAUAACCAUUGUUGUUGGAUUAACUUUAUGAAUAUUUCCAACGCAAUUAAGUUGGUCGAAGAUGCCAAUAAUAUAAGAAAUGCCGAAUCGUUCCACGAAAGAUUUCAAAACAGAUAUCGGGGCCUGAUAAUGGGAUAUGGUAAGGACCGUUGUGGUAACAUCAACAAAAAUCUGGUCGCUAACAAAAACUCUAAGCAUUACAAAAAAGUGAAAAAGACAAGUUACAAAAUAAGGCUCAGACAGCAACAAGAAAAGAGUUUCGAUGUUGCCAAAAACGCACCUGUUGAGAGUAGUAACGACCAAAAGAUUGUUCAAGCUGAUGCGUUUGGCAUUUCUUUAGUAGAUGACCAGGAACCCGCAAGAGAUUCUGAUGAGGAGCAAAAAUUGGAAGAAAAAGAGCUUUUACGAUUAAGUCACGAUGUUCACACAGCAGAGGAAGGACUUGGGAUCUCUCUAGCUCCCACCAAUGCCGUGGAGCAAAAUCCAAUAGAUGAUGGUGCUUCAUCGGACUCUUCUGACAUCGAUAUUAUCGUUUCGAGGCCCAAUUCCCGAAACCACACACAAUUAGGAGAUGGAGAAGACCAAAAUACAGGAAAAGCAGAUAGUCAUCAAAGCAGCGACAUUUCCAGGGCGAGAGAUGAUCCACAUGCAUUCAGGAGGUUUUCGCCAAUGGUCUCGAGCACAUCGCUGGACGCUGUACCACCGUUGGCGCCUUCAACCAUGACCCGUCAAUUCAAAGUUGCCACCCAACGCGAAAAGAAAAACGAGCUUUACCGCAAUCAUAUGGAUGGCAUCGACCAACGCCCGCACUCGCAAGGCUCUUCCAGGCGUAGCAGGUCGAUGGCGAUUCCGGGAUCUGAUGUCAUGGCUCAAUACUUGGCUCAGUUGCAACAUUCAACUUUCAUGUAUGCUGCAAACAUUCUCGGCGUGGAAGACGGAGAACCACAGGUUUUUUAUGAUGAGAACGGACAUGUCGAGCCUAUGACUUAG